CACAGUCAAGUCAAGUCAACCAUGGCUGGCACAAAGACAGCAAGCAGCCUUAUCUUGCUUAAUCCCAACUCCAAGUUUAUAGAUAAGAUACCUUUCUUCCAUGCAGCUUCCUUUGACUAUACUUUUUCUUUCUUUUCAAUUCCAUGAAUCUAUAAAUAGCCUAAAAUCAUCACGUUCUUGCAUCCAGAUUAACCAAGAUAUAGAAAAACUAGGACUGAGAUGGAGGAAACUGUUAUUUCUUCCAAACCAUGUGCCAAUGAAGAGAGCAUUGAUUUAACCCGAAUCACACUCCGAACCCUUCAUCUUUCGGACCUCGAUGAUCUCAUGGUGUGGACAACUGAUGAAAAAGUGGCCAAGUUCUGCUCUUGGGAACCUUACACCAGCAAAGACGACGGCAUCAAAUUCAUCGAAAAUAUACCAAACAAGUUUCUAUGGUGCAAAGCAAUAUGCCUUAACGAUCGCGCUAUCGGCUGUAUCUCUCUGCACUCAAGAGAACCUGAUGAUAAAAGCAGGAACAAAUCUGCAGAACUUGGUUAUGUUCUUGGUUCUAAAUACUGGGGUAAAGGAAUUGUCACAUAUGUUGUGAAACAAGUGGUUAAGGUUGCAUUCAGUGAAUUGAAAAACUUGGAAAGGCUUGAAGCUUUUGUUGAUGUUGAAAAUGUUGCGUCUCAAAGAGUGUUGGAGAAAGCUGGUUUCCAAAAAGAGGGAGUUCUUAGGAAGUAUCUGUUCUUGAAAGAAAAAAGUAGAGAUAUGAUUAUUUCAAGUGUUAUUUUUACUGAUCUCAAAGUAUGAUUUAUUUGUUUGGAAAAUCCUUUAUGGCAUUUCAGUUUUGUGUGUUUACAAAGUGUUCAAUAUAUAUA